AAAAAAGACAAUAAAUAGCAAUAAUUUGGCUGGAGGCACAAAUGACAGCUACAGUGAGGUCGCUAGUGAAUCAGUCCAUGGAGACCAGACAUCAUCAAAUUUCCCUGGACACCCUCUCGCCACAUAGGUAAGUUUGUAAAGUUCCAAUUGAGAGUUGACAAGGGCGAUCCAGUGCUGCAAAGUCGGGGGUGAUGGUCCCAUCCAGUGAAGAGCAACAGUCUUUUUACCGUAGAACAAAAGCAGUCUCAUUAAGGUUCUAGUUCGGGCUCUGGGUACCAUGGAGUCCACUAAUCCCAAUAGACAAGUGGCAGGGUUAAGUACCUGGGGCAGGGCUAGUUCCGUUCCCAUAAAUUGAGUGACCUGGUGCCAAAACCUGUUCACAGCAGGACAAUGCCACAUCAUAUGAAGAAAAUCGGCUAGCUGUUCACUACACCUCGGACACUUAGGUAGAUGGAAAUGUUGCUUUUAAUAUGCUCUUGCCCAUUUUAAAUUGCACCUAGAAUCACCACACACAAGGGAGGGAAAUGGUGCUUAUAAUACGCUUUUGCCCAUUUCAAAUUGCACCUAGAAUCACUACACACAUAAGGCAGGGAAAUGUUGCUUAUAAUAUGCUCUUGUCCAUUUUAAAUUGGACCUAGAAUCACUGCAUACACAAGGCAGAGAAAUGCUGCUUAUUAUACGCUCUUCACCAUUUUAAAUUUGAAUUGCACCUAGAAUCUCACACACACACAGCUGUGAGCAGCAGUCAGAGCACCCCUGCCCCAGGCACAUUACAGUGAAAGGCUACUGGGUAGGCAGUUGUCAGACACUCCCUUACAUAUGACAGGCUGCAGUCAAGCAGUUUGCAGACGCUCCCUAGAUAUGACAGGCUGGGCUGCCUCCUAGUAGCCGGCAGUAGGAGUCACGCUUGGAGCCCGGGAGGGAUUAUAGGCUGCGGAGCAUUGGGGAGAGGAUAUCCCGGCGCAUCGCACAAUCUGAUGAGCUUUGGCAGCGAGGAGCUGUGAUUUUCACAGGCCAGAGUUAGUGGAGCUGCUGGGUUUGGACGGAUACCUAGCUCCGCACCUGGGAUUGUUUGUUCCUAUGCAAAUACCUCGACUGCUGGAAUCCUCUUUCUCUAGGACCCCGGUGCAUCCUACCGCAGCGUCCCGCUCGUCAUCCCCGGACACUCGGAUUCCCCCAUCGCGAUCUGUAGGGGGAGAGUGGGGGGCACCAUACUGCCUGCGAUGCUCUGAGGACGGGCGGGGGGAGCCGCAAACAUGACGGUGGAUUUUGAGGAAUGCAUCAAGGAUUCACCCCGCUUUCGGGCAGCAAUAGACGAGGUGGAAACAGAUGUGGUGGAAAUUGAAGCCAAACUUGACAAGUUGGUGAAACUAUGCAGCAGUAUGCUAGAAGCUGGUAAAACCUACCUUACAACCAACAAGCACUUUGUAAGUGGCAUCCGAGACUUAUCACAGCAGUGCAAGAAAGAUGAGAUGAUCUCGGAAUGCCUGGACAAAUUUGGGGACAGUCUACAGGAGAUGGUGAACUACCACAUGAUCCUGUUUGAUCAAGCCCAGAGGUCUGUACGGCAGCAGCUGCACAUCUUUGUCAAAGAUGAUGUGAGGAAAUUUAAGGAAUCCAAGAAGCAGUUUGAUAAGGUGAGAGAGGACCUGGACAUUGCACUAGUGAAGAAUGCGCAGGCACCACGCCACAAACCGCAUGAAGUGGAAGAGGCCAGUAGUACUCUGACCAUAACGAGGAAAUGCUUCCGGCACCUUGCACUUGACUAUGUAUUACAGAUCAAUGUCUUGCAAGCCAAAAAGAAGUUUGAAAUCUUGGAUGCAAUGUUGUCAUUCAUGCAUGCCCAGUACACCUUCUUCCAGCAAGGAUACAGCCUGCUAAAUGAGCUGAAUCCCUAUAUGAAAAAACUCGCCUCAGAGUUGGACCAACUGGUGAUAGACUCUGCUGUGGAAAAGAGGGAGAUGGAGCACAAACAUGCUACCAUUCAGCAAAGAACGCUUCUUCAGGACUUUUCCUAUGAUGACUCCAAGGCGGAUUUUAAUGUUGAUGCUCCUAAUGGGGUUGUGAUGGAAGGAUAUCUCUUCAAGAGGGCCAGCAAUGCAUUUAAAACAUGGAACCGGAGAUGGUUCUCCAUCCAGAAUAGCCAGUUGGUUUAUCAAAAGAAGCUGAAGGAUGUUCUGACUGUGGUCGUGGAGGAUCUGAGACUAUGCACUGUGAAGCCUUGUGAAGAUUCUGAAAGGCGGUUUUGCUUUGAGGUUGUCUCGCCUUCCAAGAGCUGCAUGCUUCAGGCUGACUCUGAAAAGCUCAGACAAUCGUGGAUCCAGGCAGUGCAAGCGAGUAUUGCCUCUGCAUAUCGGGAGAUUCCAGAUAAUUAUUACAUAGAGCGGCUUGAUAGAACAGCGUCCCCCUCCACUAGCAGCAUUGACUCGGCCAGUGAUUCCCGGGAGCGCAGUGUGAAAGGAGAGAGCAUUCUGCAGAGAGUGCAGAGCAUAGCAGGAAAUGACCAGUGCUGUGACUGCGGGCAGACUGAUCCUCGAUGGGCCAGCAUUAAUCUGGGCAUCACACUUUGCAUUGAGUGUUCUGGGAUUCACAGGAGUCUUGGUGUGCACUUCUCUAAAGUCCGUUCCUUGACUUUGGAUUCGUGGGAACCCGAGUUACUGAAGCUGAUGUGUGAAUUAGGAAACAGCACAAUAAACCAGAUCUACGAGGCAAAAUGUCAGCACUUAGGCCUCAAAAAGCCAACGUCAGGGUGUUCUAGGCAGGACAAAGAGAUUUGGAUAAAGGCCAAAUACGUGGAGAAGAAGUUCUUGAAGAGGUUAGGGGCAGUGGAAGUAGAAAAUGACAGGAAACCACAAAGAUGGAGUAUGAAGAAAUGCAACCGUAACAACAGCACCACCAAAGUGCCCUCUACCCGCAGGAAAUACCGACAUGAGAAGGGCAGUGCUUCUCCAGCCAUGCAUUCUUCAGCCGCAACACUGGAGAGGAAAUUCCGGCGGGAUUCUCUGUUUUGCCCAGAUGAGCUGGACUCUUUGUUUUCUUACUUUGAUACGGGAUCUGGGCCACGCAGUGUCAAUCCGCUUCCUGCGCAGCACCCCCUGCCAGCUGUACCGUGGACUGGCAGUGGAGCUGAGCCCGGUGGGAGCGCUAUGCCGUUCCUUCCGGAUGGAGGUUUGAGCAGUGACAGUGGACUCGGGGGCAGUACAGACGGCAGCAGUGAUAUAGUGGUAUUUGGAGCUGUGGUGGACAGCGUCACAGAGGAAGAGUGUGAGGUUUCAGAAGACUCAAGUGGGGAAGCUGAAACUGAACCGGAACCAUCAGAUCCAGAAGAUCUACGGGAACUACAUCCAGGGCUGUUAAUGUACAGGGCGUCACGUGCCAGAAACCUUCCAUUUACGGCAGAAGCUCUGGCUAAUGGCGCCAAUGUAAACUGGGUUAAUGAUGAGGAUGAAAGCAAGACCCCCCUAAUCCAAGCAGUCAUAGGGGGGUCACUCCUUGCUUGUGAGUUCUUGCUGCAGAAUGGGGCAGACGUGAACCAAACUGACAUGAGAGGAAGGGCACCGAUUCACCAUGCCACAUAUCUGGGACAUACUGGUCAGGUCUGUUUGUUCCUGAAACGAGGGGCCAAUCAGCAUGCGGUAGAUGAAGAUGGACAAGAUCCACUCAGCAUCGCAGUGCAGGCAGCCAACGCAGAUAUUGUUACAUUGCUUCGACUUGCUCGGAUGAAUGAAGAGAUGAGGGAAGCAGAAGGACCAUUCGGCCAACCAGGUCAAUAUCCCAGCAACAGUCCAACUGAGCAGCAGUACAGAAAGUGCAUCCAGGAAUUCAUCUGCCUUAAUAUAGAUGAGUGUGACACUACUUAUUUGGACAUUUUCCGUGAAUUUUCACACAUGGCCUCCAACAACCCUGAGAAGCUGAGCCGGAGAAGUAUUCAUUUCAGUAAUUCUUGCAGAUAGUUUAUGUGCAACUAUUUCCCUGCGAAGAUUCAUCUCUCAAAAACCAACAGGGACAUUCCAUAAGGAACGACAUUCUCUUUGGAGCAGUACAGCUCUGCAUAUACCCAAACAUUAAAGCCCAGCCAAACAGCUGAAUACUGAGCAUCUUGCUAUAAUUGCCCCCAGCAGUCUUUUUCAUAUGGAGAGAGUGGCAAUCACAUGAUGCACAGUUUGUCUAAACCAUCUCCUACAAGUACAUAUAUAAAUAUUUUUAUUGUCAAGUUAGGUAUAUCAUUAUCUGUAAUAUUAUACUGUACAAUUUGCAAAUGUGUGAGAACAAUGAAUGCCACUAUCUUACUUAUUGCCAAUGGACCUGAAUACAAUGCACUUAAGAGUAUAGGUGGGAAAAGUGUUCAUUUCCCUUAUGAUUGACAAGUAUAUAUCUGAAAGAGUGUUUGCAAUACACAUGUGUAUAUAUAUAUAUAUAUAUAUAUAUAUAUAUAUAUAUAUAUCAGGAAGUACCUCUAGUGGCAACACUGCACCUGUAGAUGGGCAGGAUACAUUGGCUUUAAUAGGCUGGACUGGAAAAUUAAUUCUGCUUAUAGUUUUAAUGGAAGAAAAUCUUGUAUUGGUCACAUAUUGUUAUAAACAUAUAUAUUGUACUUAU